AUGGAGACAAAAAACGUUAAGUUAUGUGAAUUUGAGAAACCUUCUCUACCUAUGGGUACUGUACAGGAAUGGUUUACCUCGUUUACGGGACAGUCGGACGGGUGGAUUUAUGUCAAUCUUGACAUUCGUCGACGAAAGAUAAACUUGAUUUUUUUGGCUUACCUGCUAAUAUCGAGAACUUUUAAAAUUAGAAUUUCUGAUGUUUGGCGAUUUACUUUGGGAAGUGCUGUUGAUGCAUUUGUCGAUGAGAAGGCAUCGGGAAAUGAGGAACCAACUUUCACAUUGAUCGCAAAAGUACUUGAUUUUGUAGGGAACGAAGCAGUUUGCAGUUAUUUCGAUUCAACCGAAAAGUGCGAUAUACAGCAACUGCGCUGCUCCGCUUUUAAUUUACUACUCGUCUCCUUGUUGCUGCUACUCGUCCUACAGGCCUGUUAUGGUGAUAGUGUGAAAAUUAUGUUAAUUCCUAGUUGCAUUUUCUUGUCGUUAAGCGCACUGCUAACAGUUGCUGUUCUCGGAUCAGGUGGAAAACCGUCAAUACAGUAUGAGUACCAAUCCUAG